GUAAAAUAAUUUAAUUUUCCAUGACAACAGCGUAAAAUUAAUUUAUGGGAAUUUAUGUACAUGCUUUACAGCUAGCAAAGAAUUUGCAAGUGAUUAAUUUGAGAAAGUGUUUACAAUGUUACAGUUCAAAAUAAAAAAAUCCUUUACGUUUUACGUUAAAGUAUUCGUUACUUUAGGUGUAUAUUUUUUGCAUUUUCUAAAUCAUAUUAAUUGCUUAGAAGCUCCGCAAAUAACUCUUCCUGGCCAGGGCAUAAUUGUUGGGACUUAUUUAAAAAUGUUUCGGGCACAAAAUAUUAAAGCAUAUUUAGGAAUAAGAUAUGCACGCGCUUUACGUUUUUCACCGCCAGAAUUAGAUAUGUCUGAAUGGCAAGGAGUUCUGAACGCAACAAGAUUUGCUCCGUUUUGCUGGCAAAAUCCUUCCAAUGUAAAAAACACGAUAUUGCAUAACCUUCUCAGAAAUAAAGUCGCUGGAGACUAUGAUAUUACCUAUGAUGAAGAUUGUCUGAAUUUAAAUAUUUUUGUUCCAGAUGGAUCACCCGGUGUUAAAGGAUAUGCUGUAAUAUUUUGGAUACAUCCUGGAGAUUUUUCACAUGGAUCACCAAUAGACAUUGAACCCUUCCAGAUCGUGUUUAAGCAAAAAAUAAUAGUUGUGACGUUUUCAUACCGCUUAAAUAUUUUUGGUUUUCUAUCAACGGCGGAUGGUGAAGCCCAAGGUAACUUCGGAUUAAUGGAUCAGUCUGCUGCGCUGUUUUGGGUGAAAAAAAAUAUCAAUCAUUUUGGCGGAAAUGAAAAUAAAAUUACAAUAAUGGGACACUCCGCGGGGGCGGUUAGUGUCGGAUUGCACUUAAUAUCUGAAGAAUGGUCAAAAGGUGGUUAUUCAGGGGCAAUUAUGAUGUCUGGAAAUCCAAUAACUGACAAAGUCGUGCGCGAUCCGAAAGUUUAUACCGAAUCAUUGGACUCAAUAUCAACACUAUUUGGCUGUAAUAGAAGACCAACGUCAAUGCUUUUAACGUGUUUGAAAAAAGUUGAUGCAAAAACACUCAUAACAAAUCUUCCAGAAGUGGAAUGGGGGCCUGUAAUCGAUUAUGGCCUUAGCAAUACAUCAGCUCACUUCAUUAAAGACUAUCCUCAAAAAAUAUUCAAAGAUGGAAACUUUCAAAAAGUUCCCAUUUUAAUCGGCGCAACCAAUAUGGAGGACAUUUUUAAUUUGGUUGACGAUAUAACAAAUCCCAAGUUAAAUGGUGAUGACUUUCUUCAUGUUGUUGAUGAAAUAUCUAAACAUGACCUUAAAGCUAAUACUGAAAGUGAUGAAAACUGUACAAAUUCUCAAAUAAUAAUCGAUGCAGUAACGUAUAUGUAUCCAACACAAGGGGAAGGAGUUAACAUUCUUAAACAACUUACAAAUUUCCAUACGGACCGUAUGUAUAUUGCACCAUUAUUUUUUAUGGCAGAUGUAUUAGGCAAAGGAAAUAAGGUGUUCGCGUAUUUAUUUAGUGUUCGUCCUCAAACUCAAUUUAUCGACCUGCCUGAAUGGGUGGGUGUACCUAAGUUUUUUGAUCAGAUAUUUGUAUGGGGCGUUCCCUAUAUGAACAAUACCAGCAUUCUGAAAGAGUGGAAUUCGAGCGACAAAAAAAUAGCAGAUGUCGUGAUGACAAUGUGGGCGAACUUCGCAAAAUCUGCGGACCCUAUUAUUUCAAAUGUAUAUGUCAAAUGGAAUUCAUUUACAGGUGAAAACAAUACUGUUUUAAUAAUAAAUCAGAAUUUUAAUUCGGAACAGGUAAAUAAUAUGCUUACCGUGAGGUUUUGGAACAAUUAUUAUCCGAGUUUAGUGAAAUUUGCCGCUAAUUGCUGUGAAGUUGCAAAUACCGCAAUUUCAAUUUUUGUUAACAAUAGACAUUCAGUAACUUUUUCACUAAAUUUCAGCAUUAUUUCCGCACUUAUAGUUGUUAAUAUUUUUCUAAUGAAAUAUAUAGGAUGUGUACAUGUUAUCUGCAUAUAUAUAUAAUACAAAAAAUAGUAAAUAAUUA